AUGAGCUUCCACCUCUUCCUUCAAGUACAUGUUUUGGAGCUGAACUUACUAUUCCAGAGACCAAUAGCUAUUAGAAUGUGGCGAAUUCUAGCAUGGAGUAUUCCUUUUAAUUUGAUGCCUUUGUGGAUCAAAACAGUCUUGGUGAGAGUGGAACAGAAGGCUUUGACUCUUCAUCCUCCUCGUUUUUCUACCAGUAAUAGCGAGAUGUCCAAGUUU